AUGGAUUCUACUAAUGGUAACGGCAAUGGUGCUGAUGUUGAAUCAGCAAACGUGAGUGAGGUUGCUGAUGCAUUGCCCCCUCCUCCACCAGUUAUACCUCCCAAUGUUGAGCCUGUGCGGCUUAAAACCGAACCAGCUGAGAAGAAAAACAUGCGAGUCCCUAUGGCUCGGCGUGGCUUUGGAUCAAAGGGGCAAAAGAUACAACUGUUGACUAACCAUUUUAAAGUCAAUGUGGCUAAUCUUACCGGCCACUUUUACCACUACAGUGUAGCUCUCUUCUAUGAUGAUGGACGUCCUGUUGAACAGAAGGGAGUUGGUCGAAAGGUGCUUGACAAAGUUCACGAGACUUACCACUCUGAUCUAGAUGGUAAAGAGUUUGCCUACGACGGUGAGAAGACGCUGUUUACCUUUGGAGCUCUCCCUAGCAACAAGAUGGAUUUCUCUGUGGUUCUUGAGGAAGUAUCUUCCGCAAGGACCAAUGGAAACGGAAGUCCCAAUGGGAAUGAAGAUCCAAGUGACGGUGAUAGGAAAAGAAUGCGUAGGCCUAACCGGUCCAAAAACUUCAGAGUGGAGAUCAGCUAUGCAGCUAAAAUUCCUCUACAAGCUCUUGCUAAUGCAAUGAGAGGGCAGGAAUCCGAGAAUUCCCAAGAGGCGAUUAGGGUCUUGGAUAUAAUCCUGCGUCAACAUGCGGCCAGACAAGGAUGCUUGCUUGUGAGACAGUCAUUUUUCCACAAUGACCCAAGCAAUUGUGAACCUGUUGGUGGUAACAUCUUGGGCUGUAGAGGAUUUCACUCGAGUUUCAGAACAACACAGGGUGGCAUGUCUCUUAACAUGGAUGUUACAACCACAAUGAUAAUCCAGCCUGGUCCGCUGAUUGAUUUUGUUAUUGCUAACCAAAAUGCAAAGGAUCCGUUUACUGUUGACUGGUCUAAGGCAAAAAGAACGCUCAAGAACCUGAGGAUUAAAGUCAGCCCCUCAAACCAGGAGUACAGAAUCACUGGCAUGAGUGACAAGCCAUGCCGGGAACAGAUGUUUGAAAUGAAGGACAGGAACUCGAAGAAUGAAAAUGGAGAGUUUCAAACUAAGGAAGUGACAGUGUUUGACUACUUCAAAGAAGAACGAAAGAUGGACUUGCAAUAUUCUGGGGAUCUUCCAUGCAUCAACGUUGGGAAGCCAAAGCGACCCACUUAUAUUCCAAUUGAGCACUGCACCUUGAUUCCCCUUCAGAGGUACACAAAAGCACUGAACACGUUCCAAAGAUCUGCCCUUGUCGAAAAAUCGAGACAGAAGCCCCAAGAGAGGAUGAAUGUUCUUUCUAAAGCACUGAAAGUUAGCAACUAUGAUGCUGAACCUCUCUUGCGAUCCUGUGGCAUCUCGAUCAGCUCCACCUUUACUCAAGUGGAGGGUCGUGUUCUACCAGCUCCCAAGCUGAAAAUGGGAUGCGGAGAUGAGCUGUUUCCAAGAAACGGUCGUUGGAAUUUCAACAACAAGCAAUUUGUUGAGCCAAUCAAAAUUGAACGAUGGGUUGUGGCCAACUUCUCUGCGCGCUGUAAUGUACGUCAGCUAGUUGAUGAUCUUAUCAGAAUUGGAGGAUCGAAAGGAAUUAAAAUUGAUGGUCCCUUUGAUGUGUUUGAGGAGAAUCAUCAGUUUCGCCGUGCUCCUCCUCUUAUUCGUGUAGAGAAGAUGUUUGAGGAAAUCCAGUCCAAACUCCCUGGAGCACCACAGUUCAUACUCUGUCUGCUCCCUGAGAGAAAGAACUGCGAGCUCUAUGGUCCAUGGAAGAAGAAAAACCUAACUGAAUACGGCAUUAGAACUCAGUGCAUGGCACCAGUGCGGCAGCCUAAUGAUCAAUAUCUUACAAAUUGUCUUCUGAAGAUCAAUGCAAAGCUUGGAGGCCUGAACUCAGUGUUAAGUGUUGAACGUACACCAGCCUUCACAGUCAUUUCCAAGGUUCCAACCAUCAUCCUUGGGAUGGAUGUCUCACAUGGAUCUCCUGGACAGUCUGAUCACCCGUCCAUUGCUGCUGUGGUGAGUUCGAGAGAGUGGCCUCUAAUCUCCAAAUACAGAGCAUCUGUUCGCACACAGCCUUCAAAGGCUGAGAUGAUCGAGUCCCUCCUCAAGAAAAACGGAACUGAAGAUGAUGGCAUUAUCAAGGAGUUACUGGUAGAUUUCUACACCAGCUCGGGUAAGAGGAAGCCAGAGCAUAUCAUAAUUUUCAGGGAUGGUGUUAGUGAAUCUCAAUUCAAUCAGGUUCUGAACAUCGAACUCGAUCAGAUCAUUGAGGCAUGCAAGCUUCUAGAUGAGACAUGGAACCCGAAAUUCCUUUUGAUGGUGGCUCAAAAGAAUCAUCACACCAAGUUUUUCCAGACUGGGUCUCCUGAUAACGUUCCUCCAGGGACCAUCAUCGACAACAAAAUAUGUCACCCAAAGAACAAUGACUUCUAUCUCUGUGCUCACGCUGGAAUGAUUGGAACUACUCGCCCUACCCAUUACCAUGUCCUGUAUGAUGAGAUUGGUUUUUCACCUGACGAACUUCAGGAACUCGUCCACUCGCUCUCCUAUGUGUACCAAAGAAGCACCACUGCCAUUUCUGUUGUUGCACCGAUCUGCUAUGCUCACUUGGCAGCUGCUCAGCUGGGGACGUUCAUGAAGUAUGAGGACCAGUCUGAGACAUCAUCAAGCCAUGGUGGUGUCACGGCUCCAGGACCAGUCUCUGUUGCACAGCUUCCAAAACUCAAAGACAACGUUGCCAACUCCAUGUUCUUCUGUUAG